AAGAUGAAUUUUGAUAUAAGCAGGAGAUCGGACUCAGAUUGCUUCAUUCAUAAUCCAAAACAGUUUACCUCAGUUUGGUAAGAUGUUGAAAUUCUUCCUGCUUGUCACUCUGAUACCAGCCAUUUACAUGGCAGAUAUCAACUUCCGACGCUGUCCAAAUAAUGCUCCUGUGCCUCAAACCUUAUCGGUGGAGGGCUGCGCCGGAAAUAAAUGCAUCUUAAUUCCCGGAAAAUCGUUGCACUCCGUGGGCACCGACAUCAUUGGCCGUAUUAACAGCAAGACCGCCACCACCCGCAUAAUUGCUCGCACGCUGGGCAUUGACCUGGGAUACAGAGUUCCCCGGGAACUGGUCAACGCUUGCAAUGGAAGCAUUGUUGGCGGUUGUCCAAUCGUUGCCGGCCGGUCGUUCAACUACUCCGUUUACAUCGACCGGCUGGAAGUUCCGGCCUUUAAUAUACCGAUCGAAGUGGAGGUGAACCUUACCGGCGAUGGUGGUGUUCCGUUGGCUUGUGCGCGUUUCAAUGCCAGAAUUGGGAGCAAGUGAUGCGAGCUUCCGUCCGAGAUCGUUUGCUGUUGCCUCUAGUCAGGAGAUCAGAAAAUCAUAAAUGUGGAUAUUUUAGAUUUAGACUUUAAAAAUGCUGUGAAUACUCCAAAAUGGAUAUUAAUUUUUUGUACAUUAAUUCAAAAUAAAAACAAUUUAUUUUAAAUGUGGAAUAUUUGAUUAAAAUGUAAAUAAGGUAAGACGAUAUAAUGCGCCCCACCUGGCCAAAACGCCCCCUUUAGUUUUUAGAAAACAAUAACUAACUAAAGAUAAUAAUUAGUUGGUACCUCC